AUACAUUUUUUGGGUUUUAAAUUACUUGUUCAUUGCUGGAUCUGUGUAAUCGUAGGAUUGGCAAACAAGAAAACUGUCACCAUUCAGCAAGGUGGCAAAGAUCAGUCGGUGCUGCUAGCGACCACCAAGACCAAGAAGCAGAACAAACCGUCGACUUUGCUUCACAAAUCGGUCAUGAAAAAGGAGUUCCCAAGGAUGGUUAAGGCAGUCAAAACCCAGGUGACAGACAACUACUACAGGCCGGAUUUAACCAAAGCAGCCCUUGCAAGACUGAGUGCUGUGCAUAGGAGUCUGAAAGUUGCCAAGUCUGGUGUCAAGAAGAGGAACAGGCAAGCAUUGAAGAUCCAUUGCAGGAAGUAAGCUCGUAACAAGUUUAAAUUGUAUU